AUGAUCCCCGAGGACAUUUUGGAUAGCAUAGCCUCGAGAUUCCUUGUGGGCUUAGGAAAUCAAGAGAGGAAUGCUGCAGAACGUCUAUUCUUUGCAGUGGAGGAAGCUCACUGGUUUUUGAUGGAUAACUACAAGAUUUCGGAUCUUUCCUUUGCUGAUUUUAGCCGAGAACUUCUAGGCCAUGUUGGCAUAAAGAUGAAUAUUGAAGAGGCACACAAGAGCUUUGUCAGAUAUAGGCAGUCAGUGAAGGUUUAUGGGGCAAUUCUUGUGGAUCCAAGUAUUUCCCAUGUGCUGGCUGUCAAAGAGAAAAAGAAAACAAAGAAUUACUCUUUCCCAAAAGGAAAGAAAUGUAUGGAUGAGGAUGGCACAAGCUGUGCCAUAAGAGAAGUUUAUGAGGAAACUGGAUACGAUGUACAGAACAAGAUAUGCAAUCUACCAAUAACGAUAUUUGAUAAAAUUACACUGUACUUUGUGUUCAAUGUCAAGCAGAGUUUUCCAUUCGAGGCACAAACCAUAAAAGAAAUCGAAGAAAUCAAAUGGCUGUCAACGAGGAAAUUGUCAAGAGGAGAGUAUAGAAGAGGAUAUUCAAUUGUUUCUGCUGCAUUCAAAAAAGCUUCAUACUUGCUAGAGGCUAUGAGAAAAUCUAGAUUUAGGUUCAACACAAAGAAAAUAACUCAAAGGAUUGAUAAAUUGCUUGGGAAAACCAAGGCAAAAGAUUAG